UGUUAAACAAAGUCGUGAGAGCGAGUGAUGGAGGUGUGCAGGCAGUAAUGGCAGCAGGUCUGACUGAAUAGACUGAUGGACACAUGUACUUGAGAGAGGGAGUGUUCAAGUUGAUGAGAAGAAGCAGAUUGUUAAAAAGCAAGUGAAACUUUGGACACUGACUGUAGCUGGAAUAUGGGUGAGUCCAGUAUCUGCCAAGUGAGGGCGACAGUCAUGAUGUAUGAUGACAGAAACAAACGUUGGGUGCCGGCGGGAUCUGACAGUCCUUCCUUCAGCCGCGUCCAGAUCUAUCACAACCCUGCAGCCAACACCUUCAGAGUGGUGGGCCGCAAAAUGCAGGCCGACCAGCAGGUGGUGAUCAACUGUCCCAUUAUCAAAGGGAUAAAGUAUAAUCAAGCCACACCAAACUUCCACCAGUGGCGGGAUCCCAAGCACGUGUGGGGGCUGAACUUCGGCAGUAAAGAAGAAGCUACUCUUUUUGCCAACUCCAUGACGCAUGCAUUAGAGGCUCUCAGUGCACCAGCAGGCACAGGCCCGGCUCAGAAUGGACCCUCUGCCCAGGAGCUGGAACAACAGAAAAGACUGGAGAAACAGAGGCAGGAACAGCAGGAGAAGGAGCGUCUGGAGAAAGCCAGGCAGGCCUCUGCUGCCAUGUCUGCCCCUGCUGCCCCUGCUGCUCCUCCUGCCCCGCCAGCCGCUCCACCUGCUCCACCUGCUCCACCUGCUCCACCGGCACCCCCACCACCUCCAUGCCCACCACCUUCCUCAGGAUCGUGCCCACCUGCACCUCCACCACCUCCAGCUGGGGGUGGGGGUGGACCUCCACCUCCGCCUCCACCUCCACCACCUGGGGGUGGAGGUGGGGGCGGAGGUGGGGGCGGAGGUGGAGGCAGGGGCGGAGGCGGUGGCGGAGGCGGAGGUGCAAAUGAUCUUGCAGCAGCUCUAGCAGGAGCCAAACUACGUAAAACAGUCAAGGAUGAGGGAGGAGCAGGAGCCCCACCCCCCAAACCCGCACCCUCAUCUGGUGGAGGUGGAGGAGGUUGUCUCAUGGGAGAAAUGAGUGCCAUCCUUGCUAGAAGGAGGAAAGCUGCUGAUAAUCCUGCUGAGAAAAAGGUGGAACCUCCCAGUCAGGAUUCUGACUCUUCAACAUCACAAUUCUCAGGACCAGCAGCAGAGAUCGGUGGAAAACCUAAGGAAAAAUUUUCCACUAUGCCAAGGCCCAAAUCCUUAACCAACAAUCAAAAGGACUCCAGCCCCAGCUCCUCCACAUCUCCCUCCUCUAACUUCACCACUAACCCAGUGUCCAGAAUGAAGGUGGUAAAAAAGAACUCCGAUGGUGCGGGAAGUGAUAUUGAUAUGGAAAAAAUCAAACAGGAAAUUAUUGAAGACGUGAAAAAAGAACUUCAAAAAGUGAAGGAGGAGAUUAUCACAGCACUGAUCCAGGAGCUGCAAAGUGCAAAAGGGUGAAGACUCUUGAAGGCUGAAGAAUGGAUCAAGAGAAUAAUGAAUAGAUAUUAAUGUUUUAUCAUGCGAUGCUAGAGCAGCUGAUAGCAAACUAUGCAAUGCAGAUGUAUUCUCCUCUAUUUAUCACUGUGUCUUCAUAUUUUCCUGUAGUGCAGUUUAGUGCCUGGAUUUUUGAGGCCAUUACAGAUAUAGAUAUCACAGAUCUAAUAGAGAUAUAUUGGCUAAAAUCCAUUUUAUAUAAAGACAUAAUCAGCAAUAUUUUUUUAUAAGAACGUCUCAGUUUGUUUGUUUCAAGAAGUAUGGCCAUAAUGUGUGCCAUAAAGUGUUCUCUGCAGGACAAAUGUGAUGGAAACACUGUUUCUAAAUGACCUCAAACAUAUAUCUGGUAUUUCCAUGCUACUAUUUCUUGUUAUGCAGUAAAGUAUAUGCAACAGGAAGAACAACAAACCCCAGCUUCCCCCUUUAGGAUUCUCAUGCUGUUGUGCUUAUUUAUUUGCUUGCUUACAUUUGAAGAAAAUAACUACUGUAAUCUUCCACUGGGGGAGAAAGUGCUUUGUGAAAGUCCUCAAUUACAAGUAGAAGUCUUGUAUUCAGAGUAAAAUGUACAAAAUGUUCCUUUGCAAGGUAGUGACGUAUAGCUAUAAGUUAGCAUGAAAUAGAAAGACUCAGGUAAAGUACAAUUGCCAAAAUUGCGGUACUUAAGUAAAUGCACUUAGUUCCUUUCCACCACGCAUGUGUCUGAGAUACCUUGUAGCUGAACUUGAUUUAUUUCCUGUCUCUCACUUUCACAAACCACAUAAUGUGCCAUUAUAUACCAUAGAUCCAAAGACGUUUUGUUGAGCUGGUGCAUCUGAAAGAAUAAGAAAACAAUUGGCAUGCUGCUAUGUUGUGCGUAAUAACUGUUAUGUUGCAUUUUAACUUGUGUUUUCUUGUUGUUUAUGCAAAUAAUAAAAGCUGUUACCAAACAGAUUCAUAACAGCUAACUGAUAAUAGGUAGACACAACUAACAUUUAGUGGAAUAUCUUGGUAUCUGUUUGCAAUGAAAAAGUGUGAAAACUAAUUUUAAAGUGUUUUUAGCAGUUUUCAUGUUGACAUGGGGUGAGAAAAUUCUGCAAAUAAAACAGCAACUUUUGCAAAACG